AUGAAAGUUCGUUCUUAUCUAAACCUAAUUCAUCGAUUUCAAUCAACAUCAUCUGCAUUUCCUUGUAGUCGUUUAACAAAUGACGAAAUUCGUGCACAUCGUCUUCGAAUAUUUACAAAUGAAUAUCAAAGUCAAAUGGAACGUAUUCGUCAUGUAGAAGAAAUCGAAAUCGAUGUUCGUGAUUCAAUUCAAUCAAUAAAAUUAACCCUUAAACGGGCGAAUUUAGGAUAG